UGAGAAUAUGGAUGUGUGACCGUGUCGUGAAUAUAUCACUAAAAGGCUGUAAUGAAUGAGGUCUUGGCGCCCCCUGGUGGCAGCCGCUGAGUUCAGUUAUAGAGGACACGCCGGCUCUGGCAGGGAGGAGAACACAAACAAUAUAAACAUGUCAACGAUGGAGUUUCUGCAGUGAUGUCUCAAACUUUUCUCCCCAUUUCUGAUGAACAACACACUGAUGAGGACAGAACUGUAAACACAUCAUCACCUGCCUCAGCAUGUCUGUAUCUUCUCCAUUACGAGACAUUCCAGAUCUGACCUCUCCAUACAAGAGCUUACGAGACAAUUAUGUGUCCAAUAAGAGAGGGUCGCAGUGUCCCACGGCAGCGCUGGCGGCCUCUGGAUGUUUGAUAGUGUUGGGUGUUUUAUUGGCCAUCGCAGUGAUAGAGAGAUUAAAGAAUGAAGAUGAAAUAAACAACGCUUUGAAUCCUCAUCCCACUGCAACCUUCUUAAACCAAUGUGUCCAUGACGAGCAGAGCAGGAUUGUUCUGGUGGAGAGUAUUCCUCUCGAUGUGGAUUAUGGGAUGAACGCUAGCUUUGGGAAAAGUCUGUAUGAGGAGUGGAAGAAUCUUCUGUCUGUGGCUAGAGAUCAGAUUGAUGUGGCAUCUUUCUACUGGUCUCUAACUGGUGAAGAUAUAAACGUCAACUCAUCAACAGACGCGUCUGGUCGAGAUAUAUUAGAGAAGUUUAAAGCUUUACCAUCCAGAAAUGUGUCCGUGCGGAUUGUGACCAGCGUUCCCAGUCUGGUUCUCAACUCAACAGAUCUGAAACUCCUGCAGCAAAACGGAAUACAGAUUAGAAGAGUAAACUUUGGACGUUUGACUAAAGGAAUUCUUCACACUAAAUUCUGGAUUGUGGACAGGAGACACAUUUACAUCGGCAGCGCCAACAUGGACUGGCGAUCUUUAACACAGGUGAAGGAACUAGGUGUGGUGAUUUAUAACUCCAGCAGUCUGGCUUCUGACCUGCACAAAGUCUUCCAGUCGUACUGGGUGAUGGGUCGAAGCAACGCUUCCAUCCCCGAGCCGUGGCCGUCCAGGUACGACACCCUGAUCAAUGAAGAGCGUCCGCUGGUGGUCAGUCUCAGCGGUGUACCCAGUAAAGUUUACAUCACGGCCUCUCCACCUGCGUUCUGUCCAGACUCCCGCACACCAGACCUCCACGCCAUUCUGUCAGCCAUCAGAGACGCACGAGAGUUCAUACACGUGUCUGUCAUGGAAUAUUACCCUGCUUCCAAGUUCGCUCAUCGGCACGGAUAUUGGCCGGACAUUGAAAACGCUCUGAAGCAUUCGGCCUUCGAGAAGAACAUCUCUGUGUGUCUGUUGUUCAGCUGUGGCCUUGAUACCGACCCCUCUGUGUUGCCCUUCCUCAGAUCACUGGACGCCCUUCGUUCUCCAUCAGAUGGCCUCAACAUUCAACUGAAGUUGUAUGUUAUUCCAGUGGGGAAUCGGUCACACAUCCCCUACGCUAAAGUCAACCACAAUAAAUAUAUGGUGACAGAUAAAGUGGCUUACAUCGGGACUUCUAACUGGUCAGCUGACUACUUCAACACGACUGCUGGCGUGGGUUUGGUGGUUUCCCAGGAUGCUUUGCGUGGAAACCUGUUCCAGAAGCAGCUGAGUCUAGUGUUCCACAGAGACUGGAAUUCACAGUUUGCUAUUCCACUCGCUGAACUGAACCAAAACCACGACUGUGUCUUCUUCAAAUCUACGGGAUAGAUGGACGUUACAUGUUCAUAGUUUUAAAGUUCUUUUAAAAAGCAAUUUGACAUAAUAAGUGUGAAUAUUUCUGAUGCGCGGUAUUAAUACACAACAUGAAUCAUUUCCGUGCUUUUAGAUCCUGAACACCAAAACAUUUCUUUCACAUUUCAUUAAAGUAUUGAUAUAUAUAAAAUAAGUAUGGAUAUAUUUAAUAUACAUUUAAUUUGUUCAAUUGUCCUGAUGUUAAUCAAAUGUAAUUAAAAAAUAAAUGUCAGAAUCAUCAGUUUAACGUGAUUUUAAUGAAUUUGGGAUUAUUUGACUUCUCCAGACAUAAAGAUCCUUUAAAACAAACGAUUUGCUGUGAUGUUGCAUUUUUUUCUUGUUUUUAAAGGUUUUCACUGUAAACAGUUCUGACAGACCCUAUGGCAGAUUUCCAAUAUAUGUUUUAUUCAGAGAGAUUCUUUUCUUGCAUUAAAUCCAGAGCCAGUAUCAUUUUACAUUUUAACAUUUACGUGUAUGUUUAUGGCAAAACCAGUUUGUAAUGCAUCCAUUUUUAAAAAAUACAGAGUUUUUGUGUAUUGUAUUUUGUUUAAAAAUAUAUAUUUGAAUUUUUGUGUAGCCUGAAUAUGUAUAAAUAAAUUAAUCAACCAA